AAAGAGAUGAGUAGUGAGAAGUGAGGUUAGGAUUUCGGUUUCGGUCGUAUUUACUUCGGUGGCGUUAAACAGAAUCUUUAUAAAUGGGGUCCUUAGAGAAACCUGCAUUUGUAGAAUCAACAUAUUUAGCGCCUUUAAUUGCGGGCGCGUUGGCAGGGAUAUCGGUAGACGUGGCCCUGUAUCCCUUAGACACGCUAAAAACACGGCUUCAGAGUGAACAGGGCUUCCACAAAGCUGGAGGCUUCAGAGGAGUGUAUAAAGGGCUACUAACAGUGGCAACAACUUCUAUGCCAACAACAGCGCUAUUCUUUAUGUCAUAUGAGGCUACUAAGAAGCUAGGCGAGCCCCUGGUGGCCCCGCAGUAUGCUCCGCUGGUCCAUAGUGCUGCUGCAUGUGUUGCUGAAGUGUUAGCGUGUGUAAUCCGAGUGCCGACCGAGAUUGCCAAGCAGCGCAAGCAGACAUACGUCGGCAGCGACAAGAAGAGCAGCAUCCGAAUAUUAGUCCAGGCAUACCGAACCGAGGGUAUCCGGCGAGGCGUGUACCGCGGGUUCUUCUCAACUGUUGCGCGGGACCUGCCCUUCAGUUUCCUGGAACUGCCCUUAUGGGAGUUCCUCAAGACGCAAGUGCGGCGGCAUAACGGCGGGGAUAUAACGAGUUUUCAAAGUGCGGUGUGCGGGGCCGUGGCAGGGGCGCUGGCGGCCGCGGCCACCACGCCGCUCGACCUCGCCAAGACGCGCAUCAUGCUUGCCGAGCACUGCGCACACACUACUAAACUGAGGAUUAAGCCAGUACUCCGCAGUAUAUACGCGGAGGCGGGCGUGCGCGGUCUGUUCGCGGGCGUCGCGCCGAGACUCACGGCCUUCAUGGCGGGCGGUUUCGUGUUUUUCGGCGUCUAUGACUAUAGCAAACUGUUGGUCAACAACUAUAUGGGCAGUUAACGAAGAUGCUCGUUUUUUUAGUAUACAGGACCAUAGAACAUCGGGCGGUAAGGCAGUCUUCUCUGCUGGGGCCCUUGGGCAUAUAAGAGUUUGGGGCCCUUUUGGAAAGUAAAGAAAGUGAAUAAACUAACAUUUUUCUACUAUGAUCUUCUAUUUAUCAUGGGUAAUCAAUGAGGGCUAACGCGUAUGAAUUCGCCGCUAGGGGCACUAGUGUAGAUGGUGGUCUUUUCCAUAGUUCCAAAUGUCAAAUGUCACUUCAAUGACUGACAGCUGUUGUAUAGUCUUUUGCAUGGAGACUAUAUAAAGGAGCCAAAUCUCUAUGUAUGAAAAGUGUCGAUCAAAAAACAGUAAUUAGGCGGCGCCACCAUACACCGAAAUACUACCAAAAACAACCUACGUAAUUUGGUCGGGUUAUUUGUUGCCUUAUAUGGUUCAUGUUAUACUUAUGUCCCAGAGCCUAACUAGCGCCACCGGAGAGAUUAGGAACUAUUAUUUAAAGCUGAAAGCGGUCACUUUUGCAACAAUUCUGCCUUAAGAGAUUGGCAUCCUUUCUAUACCAUCCAUAGUCUUUUGGACCACCAUCAACAGAGGCGCCAACUGGUGAGCAAAAAAACGAUAGCCCUCAUUAUACUGUUACUGUCUGUCUUUCGCGGCCCCCUGAGGAUGGGGCCCUGGACACGGACCCUUUGUGCCCUUAUGGUAAAGACUGUAUCGCCGGGCGAGCAUUUAGUAUUCCCAAGAAAAUCCAAACAAUAUUUGGAUUGUAUUAUAUUCCAAUUAAACCAGCUUUGAUGAUUAAUGAAGACUUGUUCAUCAAGAUUGUAUUGUAUGAAUUAGUUUUGUAGAAAAGAGAAUUAUUGUUAUUUAGUAAGU